AUGGGCGACGCCGGACCACUAGAGCCGUCACUGGUCUCGACUGCACCGCUAGAUGAUCGGCUUGAUCGGAACGGAUCUGCUACACAAGAAAGAGAGGUGACGGUGCUCGUCACGGGCUUUGGCCCGUUCAAGUCCUUCACUACAAACCCCUCCUUCCUCAUCGCCUCCGCCCUCCCGCACAAACUCCCUCCCCAACAACCCUCCACCUCGUCACCAAACCAACCAGAACCAUACACAAUCCACCUCCUCCUGCACCCCUCACCAAUCCGCGUCUCCUACACCACCGUCUCCUCCCUAAUCCCCACCCUCCUCCAACAACACAACCCAGACUACAUCUUCCACAUCGGCGUCGCCGGCGGCCGCACAAACUACACCCUCGAAACCGUGGGCCAUCGCGACAGCUACAAGAUCCGGGACGUGGAUGAGCGGGAUGGAUGGAAGGCGGGCGAACACGCGUGGAAGAAGGAGGGUGUCCCCGAAAAACUACACGUGGGCUGGGACGAGGAGGACGUAGUGGAACGUUGGGCAAGUGAGGUGAGAAGUAGAGAAGAGGAGUUGGGGUUUGACGAUGUCCCAAAGGAGGAGAGUAAUGGGUUGACGGUGGAGAGGUUCGGGGAUUGGUUCAAGAAUGUGGAGAGGACGGAGAAGAAGCGGGCUUUUAGUCGGUGUCAGUUAAGUGUGGACGCGGGGAGGUUCUUGUGUGAGUUUACGCUGUUUGAGAGUUUGGUGCAGCGGUGGGCAGAACUCCAAAAGGCGGACAAAGAUAGUAGGGCACUGUCGAGAGAGCGGCUGGGCAAGGUUGCAUUCCUGCAUGUGCCUGGGCCGUAUGACGAGGAGGCUAUAGAGCGAGGGGCGAGAGUUGCCGAGGCGGCGAUCAGGUCGCUGGUGGCAAGCUGGGAGGAGGGUAGGAGGCGGAAGGCUGGGCAAGAAGAGAACCUGAAGGGGAGUACGAAGGUUGAUACUACUGGUACAGGAGACUCGGAGUGGGAUUGA